AUGGAUAAACUCGUGACGCUCAUGGAAUACCAGAAAGAAAAUGGUGUCCUAAUUAUUCCCAUUUUUUUUAAAGUGACACCUUCAGAAGUUCAGGAUCCGAAAGGCUUUACUAAAGAAACUUUUUCACAACUUGAUAAUUCAGUCCAGGCAGGACGAGUUCAGAAAUGGAGGGAAGUAAUUGAUGAAUUAGCUCACAAUGAUGAAUGUAAAUGGAUAGCGGGGAAUGAUUCUAUACUUCCCGAGGAGAUUGUUAGAUAUGCGUGCCUUGAAACCCUCAGACAUGCAAAUGAUUGGGAUUUGGGGUAUGCCUGGCAUAGGAACAGACAAGUUCUUGUACAGUGUAAAGUCAACGGGCUAUAUGAGAUGCAGAAAUUAUCCGAAUAUGAAUCUUCUGAAACUUUUUCUCUGUCUCUCCCUGGACGAUAUGACUCCAUGCUGAAUUCAGAGUUGGUGAGGUACGCCAGUGGCAUUCCAUUGGUUCUCGGAGUUUUAGGUUCGUUUGCAACAAACCAGUGUAAAUUCAGUGAAAAAGAACAACUGCAAAUGUUGCGCCAAAAUCCUCCAACCGAGAUUCUGGAGGCAUUCCGAAGAAGUUUUGACGGUCUGAAUGACAACGAGAAGAAUAUGUUUUUGGACCUUGCUUGUUUUUUCAGAGGGGAGAACAGAAAUCAUGUGAUUCAAAUACUUGAUGGCUGUGGUUACUUUACAGAUUUAGGAAUUUAUGGUCUCAUCGAUGAGUCCCUCAUUGACCCUUUAGAGAACAAGAUAGAAAUGUCUAACGUGUUCCAAGAUAUGGGUCGGUUUGUUGUUUGUGAAGAAAGCAAAGAGCCAGGAAAGCGUAGCAGAUUGUGGGAUGCUAAUGAAAUCGCUAACGUAUUGACAAGCAAUUCUGGAACUGAAGCAGUGGAGGGCAUAUUUCUGGACAUGUCUGACUUGACAUGUGAGUUAAGUCCCACUAUAUUUGAUAGGACCUAUAGACUUAGAUUGCUAAAGCUCCACUGUGCAAUUUCUGAAAACCGUGGCACCAUUUGUCUGCCUAGAGGCCUAUACUCUUUGCCUGAUGAGCUACGGCUACUCCACUGGGAAAGUUACCCUCUGAGAUCGUUGCCGCGAAGCUUUAAUCCUAAAAACCUUGUGGAACUGAAUAUGCCUAAUAGUAAAAUGGAGAAGUUAUGGAAAGGGACUAAGAAUCUCGAGAAGCUGAAGAAGAUUAUACUAAGUCACUCCCGACAGUUAAUUAAGAUCCCAAGGCUUUCAAAGGCCUUGAACCUUGAGCAUAUUGAUCUUGAAGGAUGUACAAGUCUGGUGAAAGUUAGCUCAUCUAUCCAUCAUCUUGACAAGCUUGUUUUCUUGAAUCUUAAAGAUUGCUCUCGUUUGCGAACUCUGCCUGUCAUGAUUCAUCUAGAAUCUCUCGAAGUUCUUAAUCUAUCCGGCUGCUCAGAUCUUAAGGAAAUUCAGGAUUUCUCACCAAACCUGAAAGAGCUAUAUCUAGCUGGAACUGCCAUAAGAGAACUGCCAUCUUCCAUAGAGAAGCUCACUAGACUUGUUACAUUGGAUUUGGAUAAUUGUAACCAACUUCAGAAACUGCCACAAGGUAUGAGUAACUUAAAAGCCAUGGUCACGCUUAAGCUUUCCGGGUGCUCAAAUCUGAAGAGCCUUCCAAAUCUUGAUGCCAUAUAUCUGAGAGGGACGCAACAUCUUAAUACAGAGAUAACAAUGGAAGUACCUAAGUCCUUGGUACAUCAUUCUUCUAUUCAUCAGUCAAGGUUGGAUCACUGUGAAACCCUUGAUAAGUUGAUUCCUGAUUUGUGUUUGAAAAACGCUGCCAUACAAAAAUCUUUAGCAGCAUCUGUAUAUCGACAAAUUGCCGGGAUACGGCAAGAAAACUGGCAAUGGUCCACUAUUAAACUGCAGCCCUUGUCAAUUUUUCACUUUUUGGCAUCAAGAUUGUACGCUCUAGUAUCUUUGUGCCUUUCUAACGCAUGCUUGGUGGAUUUACCAAAAGAGAUAUGUGGGCUUCCGUCAGUAAACAUACUGGAUCUUGGCGGAAACGGUUUCAGCAAAAUUCCUGAAAGCAUCAAGCUCCUCCCUAAACUACACAGCCUUAGAUUGCGCCAUUGCAAAAACCUCAAAUCCCUCCCAGAGCUUCCCCAAAGUCUAGUACUUUUGAAUGUGCACGGUUGCGUGUCUAUGAAGUCAGUUCCUUGGAGUUUCGAACGGCUUCAGUGCACAUUUAGUAAUUGCUUUAAUCUGUCUCCAGAAGUCAUCAGAAGGUUUUUAGCAAAAGCUCUGGGUAUUGUUAAAAACAUGAACAGAGAGAAACACCAGAAACUCAUCACAGUAACUGCUUUCAGCAUCUGUGCGCCUGCAUCUGUGGGUCUGAAAUCAUCAACUGAUGUGCUUGCAUCUGAGGGACUGAAAUCCUCUAUGCAAAAUGGUUCUUUUGUUGUGAUACAUCUAACUUCUUCCCUGAGAAAGACUUUCUUAGGCUUUGCUAUGUCAGUGGUAGUUUCAUUUCGCGAUAAUUACUACAAUGCUGCUGGUUUUAGCAUUAGGUGCACAUGCAUACGGAAAAUGAAGAAUGGUCUCUCUCAUAGGCUAGAGAGAGUUUUUCAGUUUUGGGCUCCUAAGGAAGCUUCAAAGAUUAAAAAGGAUCACAUCUUUGUCUUCUACGAUACGAUAAUUCCUUCCUAUGCAAGAGAAGGGAAUAACGUUUACAAUAUUUUUGAUGAACUAGUUGGAUUUGAAUUCUACCCUGUCAAUAACCAGAACGAGGUUUUAGCUGAUAGUUGUGAAGUAAAGAAUUGUGGAGUCUAUGUGGUUACUGAUGCAAGCGUUGAUACAAGUCUAGUGAAGAAAAGAUUUUCUCCUACUAACAGAGAGAGAAUUGGAAAGAGGCCACUUGCUUCAGCUAUGGAUCCAAGAGGUUUUUCUUCAUAUCGGGAACCACUGCCGCGAUUUAAGAGAGGUCGUUAUAGAAGAAGUGUUGAAACUGCAAUCCUGAAAAUAAGAAAAAGGAAACGAGAAGAGGGCUUCUAUGUAUCAAAUCAAAGGUGCGAAUCUGAAACUUUUCUCAUUUCUAAUUUAACAUUGUUCCUCUUGAAAAAAUAAGAACUCGU